AAUGCACACAUAAGCUGGUUUGCCAACCGCCAGUAAACUCACGAAGAAGAAGAAGAAGAUGCGACUGGUGGAGGGAGACGGGUAAAAUCGCGCUGUAGUGCAGCAGGUCUUCUGUGCAUAUCUUCUUCCAUGUUAUAAAGAGCGACUUCCUGUCGGCCUGUCACAUAAGGAUUAUGAAAGAUGAAGCGGGGCCGGACAGAACAGAUCCAGAAUGUCGUGACCCAGUACCUGAAAAGGAGACAGUACAUAGACACAGACGGGUGUCUGAAGGGAGCCAAACUCUCCCAGUCUGCUGAAGAGAUGGCUGCUAGUCUGACUGUUCAGACAGAGACCAGUUGUGCAAACGUGGUGUCCGCAGCCCCCUGUCAAUCAGACCCCCAUCAAUACGAGUCCCAGUUCUCCAGACUGCGCUCCUUUCUGCAAGAUGCAGCGGCACCAUGGACGAAAGAGGUGAGUGGCGUAUUGUUUCCUCUCUUCCUCUACCUGCACUUGGACAUGGCACGCUGUGGUCUGAAGGGGUCGGUAGACUCGUUCUGGACGUUUCAUUCGUUCUUCCAACAAGACCCUGAGCAGAAAGCUAUCGUGGAUCUUCUGAAAGGAGUUGUUUCGCUGCAGGACGUGACCUCCAACCCCAAGCUGUGUUCUCUCCGGGAUCACAAGUAUGUGGUUCACAUGACCGAUCAAGCCUACAACUACCUGCUGCGAUACCUUCAAAGCGAUGACAACAGCGCCAUCUGCUGGGUGCUCAGCGCACACGUACAGGUGGAGGUAACGGCAGUACGACGAACGGACUACCAGCUGUACGGGACGGGGCUCGGAGUGGGAAACACGACCUCCUCCUCCACCGCAGUGGAUGGGACGGAGGGCACGGAGCCUGUAGAGGUCACAGCUGGGUUACCUCAGAACGAGGCGGCGUUGGAUGCGUUGCAGGAUUGCAUAAAGCAUGUGCGAGAGGGUCCGCCCUCGCUCACCACCGUUUGCUUUUACGCGUUCCAGCACACUGACCAGCUGCUCAACACUGCAGAGGUGUCGGCAGACAGCCGCCUUCUCGCCGCAGGGUUCGAUAACUCGUCAGUGAAGCUCUGGAGCUUACGGGCGCGUAAGCUGAAGGCGGGGCCUCACAAGGCAGAUGUGUCUAAGAUCAGACUCGCCUGCGACCUGCUGGAGGAAGAGGCAGAUGAUGAGGAGGCCUCAGGCAGCGAGAUUAAGACCCUGCGUGCUCACAGCGGCCCCGUGUACAGCACGGCGUUCCUGACGGACGGCUCCGGCCUCGUGUCCUGUUCGGAGGACUCCACCGUGCGCUUCUGGGAUCUCAACAGCUUCACCAACACAGUCCUCUACCGUGGGCACGCCUACUCCAUCUGGGACGUGGAUGUCAGUCCCUGCAGCCUGUACUUCGCCACGGCGUCUCAUGACCGCACCACCCGCCUCUGGAGCUUCGCACGCACGUACCCGCUCCGCCUCUACGCCGGGCACCUCUCCGACGUCGAUUGCGUGAAAUUCCACCCCAAUUCCAACUACAUUGCGACGGGUUCCACCGACAAAACCGUGCGCCUGUGGAGCACGCAGCAGGGGGCGUCCGUCAGGUUGUUCACGGGGCACCGGGGACCCGUGCUGUCGCUCGCCUUCUCCCCCGAUGGAAAGUAUUUAGCGUCUGCCGGUGAGGAUCAGAGACUGAAGCUAUGGGACCUCGCGUCCGGGACCCUGUUCAAAGACCUCCGGGGUCACACAGACAGCAUCAACAGCCUUUCCUUUAGUCCCGACAGUAGUCUGGUUGCAUCAGGGUCCAUGGAUAACUCUGUGCGGGUGUGGGACAUACGAAACACACAUGGCACCGCCCCGUCUGACGGCUCCAGCAGCGAGCUGAUUGGACAAUACACAGGGAACACUAGUAAUAUACUCAACGUGCAGUUCAUGGCAUGUAAUCUGCUGCUUGUGACGGGCACAGCGCUGGAGAAACAAGAGCAGUAGAGAGUGUGGGAAUCUGCUGAGAACAUGCCCAGGUUUCUACCUAAAAUCAAAAGAAAAAUGUGGAGAGAUUAUAUAGCUUUGAGAACAGUCAUGUGUUUAUUUUUUGAGACCAUUAAAAUGUGUUGUAAUUACCUUAUUUCUUGAGAUUUCAGCACAGUUUGUUCCUAAAUUGUCAAUGUGAUGAAGCAUAAUGCAAUGUUUAUUUUGAGUGUUUUUUUUGAGUUGUCAAACAAGUAAUCCCAUCCAGAAUGAAAGUUUGUGUUAAGAUAAUAUAUUUCUGUUCACUGUACAUAUUCAUUUUGAAUUCAUAAAAACACACAAAUACAUGUAUAUGUUAAAGAAAAAUAUAAAAACUAAACAUUUAUGUAUAAUUUAAAUUAUUGAUUAGUAUGAACAAAUACAUGUAAAUAUUUCCUAAAUAUACAUGCAGGUUUUUGUAUGUGUUUAUAAAUACAAAAUGAAUCGCCAUAUUAUGUGAACAUGUUAUCUGCGAUUAACCGUUUGACACCCCUAUAUUAUUUUGAUUUUUCAUUUUUAUUUUCCUUAAUCUUGGAUCUCAUUAAAUUACUGUAAUUUCAUCAUGAAAAUAACAAUGCAACACAUUUUAUUGGUCUUAUAAAAAUCAAGUUCAUAUCUUUUGAUUUUGGAUGAAAUAUAACCUGGAUGUGUUCCCGACAGGUUUAGUGAGCCUCCCGUGGUUGUGUCUUUUUUAAAUUUAUAACGUUUAUAAUGCUUUUGUUUCUUUCUACUGCUCAUGAUUUCAGAUAUCUGCAGCCUGCUGUUUUCAUAGAAAUGUAAAUAGUAGCAAUAUAUUUUUGUUAGUUCAAUUUCAUUAUGACAGUUCUGUUAUUUCAUCAUCGAUGCUUUAUUGUUCCUUUGAAGUACAAUCUAGACUUUAAUCUGAGUAAAACAUUAAAUCCUAGGCCAGGAAGCCAGGCUUAACAGA